UGGGUUUGGGACAGUGGAGAUUCCUUAAGUUUUACCAAACCACAAGGCAUGAUGAGAAUGUGGUCACAGUCACACUCAAUAUAAGAACUAACAGAUUCAUCAUGAGUCCUCAGUCUGAGCAGUCAGCACAGAAAAAAGAGACAUUUUGAUGUCACAUAAUCUGUUCCUUAUUUCUCUCUUGUUCCCUUUUAAGGCCACCUCUUCUCUUUUCUCCCCACUUCCUGAAAAACCACAAAAUAAUUCUUAUUCUCAUCAUGUAAAUUCUCAAGCUUGUGUCAAAAUGCUCCUGCAAGUUUCAAUUUUUCUGUUCUGGCCUGCCACCCUUUUGAGUUUUUAUUAUGAGUUGAUGUGUUUUUUGCAGGUGCGGUUAGAAUAGGAAUAGGAAUUGGGCUUCGUUGCAACAGUUAGAUUUUGAUUGAUGGAAGCUGAGUUUGGGGGGAAGAAUCAGUACUUGUAUGGACCUGUGGUGUCAGGAAUGAAGAAAGCUGUUGUUGGGAAUGGGAAGAGGAGUUUGGAAUGGGAUUUGAAUGAUUGGAGAUGGGAUGGUGAUCUUUUCACUGCUCAACCACUCAAUUCAGUGCCAUCAGAUUGUAGGGGUUGCCAGUUUUUCCCACCUCAUCCUGAAAUUCCUGCAAAAAAUGCUAAUCCAUCUACCACCAAUUUGUCUUCUUCUGUAUUCAUCUUAGGUGAAGGUAAGAGGGAAUUGGAGAAAAGGAGGAGGGAUGUUAUAGCUGAAGGUGAAGGUGAGGGGCUGAAUGAUGAGGGUGGUUCUCUUAGUUUGAACCUUGGGGGUCAAGGUUACCCUCUCAUGCUGGAAGAAGAGGAAAAAAGUGGAAAGAAAACAAAGGUAAUUGGGACCAAUACAACAACUACUACUACUACUACCUCUAACCGUGCCGUUUGUCAGGUGCAAGAUUGUAGGGCUGAUCUUAGUAAUGCCAAGGAUUACCACCGUCGGCAUAAGGUUUGUGAUGUUCAUUCUAAGGCCACUAUGGCACUAGUGGGAAAUGUUAUGCAACGUUUCUGUCAACAGUGUAGCAGGUUUCAUGUUCUUCAAGAGUUUGAUGAAGGGAAGAGAAGUUGUCGAAGGCGUUUGGCAGGCCACAAUAGGAGGAGGAGAAAAACUCAUCCUGAUGUCUCUGUUGUUAAUGAAGGCUCUCUGAACGAUCAAAGGGACAGUAACUAUCUGCUGAUGAGUCUGUUACGGAUACUGACCAAUUUGCAUUCCAAUGGCUCAGAUCAUACAAGGAACCAAGAUAUUCUCUCUCAUCUGCUGAAGAACCUGGCAAGUCUGGCUGGUCCAAAUAAUGGUGGAAGGUUAGCACCCUUACUGGAGGAAUCUAAAGGCUUGGUAAAUGCUGGGACGCAUGGAGCUGAUCAUGAUAAACCCAACCUUAACUCAAAUGCUCCUGAAGCUUCCAGGCCUUCUUCUUCCAUCAAGACAGACAAUGGCAUCAUCGCUCAGGACCCUCCAAUGUCGGUGGUGCAGUAUGAAACACCUGCUAAUGGCAUGACACAAAAAUGUAUAGCUUCAGGUGAUGGUGGAGUAGGAAAUUUAAAACCUCCUUCAGGACCACUGCUCUCAAAUGUAUGUGAACCAAGGGACAGCGUUCCAUCCCAAUUAACUACAGCAGAGACUAAAGUAGGAAGGGGAAACUUGAAUAACAUUGACCUUAAUAAUGUUUACAAUGAUAUACAGAAUACUGUUGAGAAUCAUAAGAAGCCUUAUCCUCCUGUGGCUUCAGGGAUGGGGUUUAUUGACCAUGCCUCAUGGUUGCAAUGUGAUUCUCUCAAAACAAGUCCUCCACAGACAAGUAGAAACUCAGAUUCAACCUCUACCCAAUCACCAUCUAGUUCCAGUGGAGAAGCUCAGAGUCGCACAGAUCGAAUUGUUUUUAAACUCUUUGGCAAGGAUCCAUCUGAUUUUCCCCUUCUUCUCCGAUCACAGAUUCUCAACUGGUUAUCCCGCAGUCCCACGGAGAUAGAGAGCUAUAUAAGGCCAGGUUGUAUCAUAUUAACAAUAUAUCUCCGUCUUGAAAAAUCUGCAUGGGAGGAGCUCUACUGUAAUCUAGGAUCAAGCUUGAGAAAGCUUCUUGCUGCAUCAAAUGAUUCGUUUUGGAGAACAGGAUGGGUAUAUGCAAGGGUGCAGCACGCUGUAGCUUUCCUGUAUAACGGUCAGGUAGUCUUAGAUGUGCCCUUGCGUCUCAAAAGCCCACAACAUUGUAUGAUUUCAUGCAUUAAUCCACUUGCUGUUCCUGCAAGUGCUAGUGCUCAGUUUAUUGUGAAAGGUUUCAACCUUUCCCAAUCUAGCACAAGGUUGCACUGUGCACUUGAAGGGAAGUAUCUGGUACAUGCUAGUUGUCAUGAUUUGAUAGGUGGAGCUGAUGCACCCAUUCAGCAUCUAAGCUUCUCUUGUCAAAUACCAAAUGUAACUGGGAGGGGGUUUAUUGAGGUGGAAGAUCAUGGUCUUAGCAGCUGUUCCUUUCCAUUUAUAGUUGCAGAGCAAGAAGUUUGUUCGGAGAUCUGCAAGCUGGAAAAUGUGAUUGAGGAAGCUGAAACCACUGAUGAUAUCCAGAUAAAAAACCAACAUAUGGAAGAAAAGACUCGAGCUUUGGAUUUCUUGCAAGAAAUGGGUUGGCUUCUUCAUAGAAGUCAUGUGAAAUUUAAGCUAGGUUCCAUGGCUCCUUUCCAUGAUCUCUUCCAAUUCAAUCGGUUCGCUUGGCUUGUUGACUUCUCCAUGGACCAUGGUUGGUGUGCUGUGAUGAAGAAACUCUUGGACAUUAUAUUUGAGGGUGGUGUUGAUGCAGGAGAGCAUGCCUCCAUUGAGCUUGCAUUGUUGAACAUGGGUCUUCUACACAGAGCUGUAAAGAGAAACUGUAGGCCUAUGGUAGAACUACUGUUAAGAUUUGUUCCAGUUAAAACCUCAGAUGGUGCAGACAGUGAAAUGAAGCAAGUUGCCAAAGCCCCUGACAGAUUCUUAUUUAGACCUGAUACUGUCGGGCCAGCUGGGUUGACUCCUCUUCAUGUUGCAGCAAGUAUGAGUGGCUCAGAGAAUGUGUUGGAUGCAUUAACCAAUGAUCCACGAAUGGUGGGAAUUGAAGCAUGGAAAAGUGCCCGGGACAGUACAGGUUUGACCCCUAACGACCAUGCUUGCCUUAGGGGCUAUUACUCUUACAUUCAACUAGUCCAGAACAAGACCAACAAAAAAGGUGAAAGACAACAUUUGGUUGAUAUCCCUGGAACUGUUGUAGAUAGUAACACAACGCAGAAGCAAUCAGAUGGAAAUAGGACAUGUAGAGUUCCAAGCUUAAAGACUGAGAAGAUUGAAACCACAGCAAUGCCCCGUCAAUGUAGGGCAUGCCAGCAGAAGGUGGCUUAUGGUGGCAUGAAAACAGCAAUGGUUUAUAGGCCAGUCAUGCUCUCCAUGGUGACCAUAGCAGUUGUGUGUGUCUGUGUAGCUUUGCUCUUCAAAAGCUCACCUAGAGUUUAUUAUGUCUUCCAGCCCUUCAACUGGGAAUCAUUAGAGUAUGGGGCAAUGUAAUGUUGUAUAUCAGGUGUUUUCUGCUGUAAGCUUCCACCUUUUCUUAAUAUAUUAUUUUAGAAACUGGGUAAGUCUUAGAUUUUGGGUUUAGAGUAUUGACAUGUUAUACAUCCAUAGUAAUAGUAGCUGUCAUCAAUAUAUAUGGGGAAAACCCGAGGUUGACACUUCACCUGUUCAGAACAGAAUCUUGAUUAUGAAACCUGUGAACCUGUUAAAUAUGGGGUCAAUGCUAUUAGGCCAUUAUAUAUGUGAUAAUAGGGAUAACGCCAUAACAGUUUUAAGCAAUUUGAGGAAAUUGCCUUGUAUUAAUUAAUCAAUAAAUACAAGAUAUUUACGGUUCAGUUUCA